AUGGCAACGCAGAUUUUAAACGCCCACGCGGGUCACGCUCAUUCGAGCUCCACCUCAUCGUACCCCCCGCGGCCUGCUUCUCCUACAUUGACGAAUCCCGACAUGAUUCUGCCCGACUACGAUCGCUCGCCUUCUCCCGACCGAUCCCAUUCCCCGCUGACAAUGUGGAAGAACUCACAUGCCAUCGAUAUGAACAUGCAGUUCCAGUUCCCCCCGAGCGCGUACAUUGCCGGACCUGUCACUCCUACAACACCAAUAAUAUACGGUAAUGGAACCAUGCUGUCCGACAUUGGUGAGGUCACCGAGGCUGAGAGCACGCCGGGCAGGGCAUCGCGUCCGACUUCGGUGAUCUGGUCCAGGCCCAACAAUCGAGGCGGCGACGAAUUACGACAGCCACAAUCGCCCACGAAGAUGCUCGAGAGCCUCAAGAAGCGGGCGGCUCAAGCGACGCGUUCACGCCGAUCAUCCGUAGAGUCUACGAGCACCAUCACCACCACCCAAGAUCAAAAUGCCAUGUUCGCCGACUUUGACGAUACCGUGAGCGUCGACGACAGUAAUUUCCAAGGCGACGACGAGGAGAGUGUGGCAGAAUCGUAUGCAGAGGAUGUGUCUGUCCAUCAAGCUCACGUCAUACAUCAACCAACGAGGGAAUCUCUCGACGACCCCAACAGGUACUCAACCGCCCUCAUUAGUCGACGAGCGGAGCAGAUUCUGGCGAAUGCCAAGCGGAGACUUACGACCAUGGAGGGCAACUUGUCAAGAGCGCGAAGCUCGCUGAGUAUCUCAACUCCUUCAAUGUCAUCGUUCGAAGGCAAUCACUCGACCCCAUCUCCUACAAUCCUGCGCCCUGCCUCAUCAGCAACUUCGCCAACGUCUAUUCAUGGGCAUGCAAGGAUGCUAAGUGAUACAUCUCUCAAUUAUGACACAAGCAAUACUGGCACGGGCCCUACUAGAAGGUCUGCCAGUGCUAUGGGAGCGGCUGGAGGCUAUCGACAACCUUAUUCCGUGCGUAAGAACGUGCACGAUGCUACGUUGGAUCGUCUCAAUUCUGGAGGGGAAAGCCAGUCUCGUUACAAGGCGGCACAAGAAAUAGGCCUGGAGCCUCUUGGUGAGGACGAAGUCGCGCAAGAGUUCCACUCAGGAAGCGACAGUCCCAAGCAUGAAAGCUUACUGAGCCCCGCUCUCAGCUCAUCAAGUCGCGAUCGGCCAUUGGUACGCUCCGCAUCAGUUGCGCAGAUGCGCGAUCUGAAAGGGCAGGUACAAGAUCUGAAAGGCAAGAUCUCGUCCUUGAGAGAGCAGGCUCGCGCGGACACAAUGCGACGACGCAGCCUACAAAGCUUACGAACUCCGAGCCCAUUUACUCAUGCCCAGGUCGAUCAGUGGUACGCCAAAUCUCAAGAUCAGCAGUCGCCACCCUUGACUGCCAUCUCAGACAAGAACCCUUGGAAUGCUGAUGCGGUCAGUGUCGACGGGCUGGUCCAAGAGCGGGAAUUCCCAUCCGAGGUACUGGUCGAGCUACAGGAGCCUUCGAUAGUGGAGGACGACGAAUCUGUGGCUGGAGACUACGAUGCAGCCCAGGAGGCCAUCCGGCUGGAAGAGCGACAAAAGGCUCUCGACGCCAUGGAGGCAAACAAGAACCAGGAUGAUAUUAUUGAUGACGACAUCUCUGAUAUGCAUACUGAAGAUGGCUUCGAAGAUAGUGUGCAGGUCCAAGACGGAGACGGAUAUGACAGCGAGAGUGGAGACUCCCUAUACCACGAUACGGUCCAGACUUUCAUGUCUCACGAAGACCGAGAAGAUGCUUUUGAUUAUGAGCACUUUUUCCUCCACAGCGCACUAGGUAAUCUGAAUCAGCAGCGCCGGGACAGCGUCAGUUCCGACAGCUCUGUCGAGACGACCCGCGGACCGAUUACAUCGGAUGAGUCUAUCCGGCCAAGGUCGCAUCAUCGAAGAGGCAGCGGCGACACCACUUCAACCAUUGAGUCCUUUGCCACAGCACGCUCGGGACGAGGCAGCAGAGUCAGCACGAACGAUGUUAGCGAAGACCUGAGACACGGUAUUCUCACUCCACCAAGCGUCAGCCCGAUCAGUGAGCAUACCGAGAGCCCCCCGACUGCGAAGCGGUCAACCAUCGGCAGCACGAUGGGUGGCGAGGACGUUCUGGAGGAAUUGAGAACACGCGCGCGCGCUGGCUCCAUUGUUUACCGUCGACCGAUGAGCACACAAGCAACGAUGGGUCACCGUCCGUCGACUGCUUCCUUCGACUCCACCGGCACCAACCGAAGCUUUCCGUUGGUGGGUAAGGCGCGUGUUAGUGUCGGCGUUCUCACUCCCCAGGGCUCUCCUGAGCUGGAUCUGAAGACGAUUUCCGACGCUCUCAUGAGCGAGACCGCUAGCAUUUGCGACAAAGAGAGUAUGCAUACGCCUGAUCAGCUUGCACCCAUGGAAGCACUGGCUAGAGAAGACCAGAUCCUCGUCGAACGCUUCGUGGCCAGUCUGGGAAGGUGCGUGCUCGCCAUGAGCGAGGCUGGCAAGGCCUCUGCAGAGAGUCGGAUGUACAGGAGACGCAUAGACACGGCCCGACGGAUCUUGGAAGGCAUGGGCGAAACUUCAUAA